UACUAUUAUUACUCUCUCUCUCUCUUUUAUUCUCUCUGAAGCUCUCUCAGAUUCCAGACCUCUCUCUCAGACUGAGAGAGUGUUACGUAUGUAAAUUCCACUCUAAAUUCGUCGAAAUAUCAAACUCAUCUGGAGCUCAUCACCAAGUUUCGGUCGAGAAAUGGCUAAACAAGUUGUUGCUAACCAACCGUCUGCUUCAUUUGAGUACGAGAUUUUAGAUCGUGAUUCUGAUGGCCUGAGAACUGUUGGAGCCUCUUCAGAACAGACAAGUCCUUGGAUUGAACCUGUAAAAUUGAAACUUAGACACAGAAUUGGGAGGGGACCCUUUGGUGAUGUUUGGUUAGCAACCCAUCAUCAGUCAACAGAAGAUUAUGAUGAGUAUCAUGAGGUGGCUAUCAAGAUGUUCCAUCCAAUCAAAGAAGACAACAUGAGGACUGUGUUGGAUAAACUCAAAGAUAUUUUUCACAAAUGUCAAGGAGUUGGCGGUGUUUGUUGGCUAUAUGGAACUUCAAUCAUCAAUGGAAAGAUAUGCAUCAUCAUGAGAUUAUAUGAGGGAUCCGUCGGUGACAAAAUGGCACAACUCAGAGGAGGGAAGCUCUCACUUCCUGAUGUUUUGAGGUAUGGGAUUGGUUUGGCUGCGGGGAUUCUUGAACUACACUCCAAGGGCAUCUUGGUUCUUAAUCUUAAACCUUCAAAUGUUCUUCUGAAUGAAAAGGACCAAGCAAUUCUUGGUGAUUUUGGUAUUCCUUAUCUAUUGCUUGGCGUACCAUUGAUAAGCUCAGAUAUGACUCGGAGGAUUGGAACCCCAAACUACAUGGCACCUGAACAAUGGCAACCAGAAGUAAGAGGUCCAAUAUCUUUUGAGACCGACUCGUGGGGUUUUGGGUGCAGCAUUGCGGAAAUGUUGACUGGUGUCCGUCCUUGGGGCGGAAAAUCUGUUGAUGAAAUAUCUUAUUUAGUUGUUGGGAAGCAAGAAAAACCAGACAUACCAAGUGGCCUUCCUCCUGCAAUAGAGAAUAUUCUUCUUGGUUGCUUUGAGUACGAUUUGAGGAGUCGCCCUUUAAUAACGGACAUAUUGACAUUAUUCAAAAGCUUGCAGAGUACAAUCUCCAGUGAUGGAGACUGGACAGGUCUUGGGAUAAGAACAAUCAAGGAAAAAUCGAGUAGCAUUGGUUACACUGAGUGGUUCCUUUCAAAGGAUCAACUGCAAGUGGGUGACACGGUGCGUUCCAGAAAGCCACCAAACUGCUGCAAACCUGAAAACAUGCAUAUUCCAGAAGGCACAGUAGUGGGUGUCGAACAUGACGCAGAUCAAGAUGGGUUUGUUUUGGUGAGAGUCCAUGGCAUCCAUGACCCACUGAGGGUUCAUGUUUCAACACUGGAGCGGGUCACUUUUGGCUUGGCAGCUGGUGAUUGGGUACGCUUGAAGAAGGAAGACAAGAAACACUCACCAGUAGGUAUUCUUCAUUCCAUCAAUCGUGAUGGUAAUGUAGCUGUUGGAUUUAUAGGGCUGGAAACUCUCUGGAAGGGAAAUUCUUCAGAGUUUCAGAUGGCAGAGUCCUACUGUGUGGGUGAGUUUGUCAAGCUGAAAGCUAAUGUAUUGAGCCCUCGAUUUGAAUGGCCCCGUAAGAGGAAAGGGGCGUGGGCCACCGGGAAAAUAACGUGGAUCCUACCAAAUGGGUGCCUUGUGGUCAAGUUCCCGGGAAUGCUGACCUUUGGGGAAGAGAACUCAACCUUUGUAGCUGAUCCUGCUGAAGUGGAAUUGGUUACGUUUGAUACUUGUCCAGGAAUAGUGAAGAAGUACCAGCAUCUUGAGGAUUUUCAUUGGGCAGUGAGGCCACUUCUGGUUGCAUUGGGCAUAUUUACAGCCAUGAAGCUAGGCAUUUUUGUUGGAACAAAGGUGGGGAGGUCCAGGGUGAAGAAACAACAAAGCGGUGCUACACCGAAUGAGAUUCAGCAUACCGAUGGUCAGAAUUCUGGAAACCCGGCAUGGAUUCCUCCUAAUAUGAAAAAUAUCCUUUUCAGAGAAGGUGUUACCACCGGUCCUGCUCGGUAGUUUCAUGCACAGUUCAUCUGCCCAGAACUAGUUUUAAGUUCAACCAUGCAUAUAUGCUGUAACUAGUUUGUUGGGUAUCACUAGGGCAUUUUACUCUUUAACUUAAGCUGGAGAACGGCGUUACAAACCGGACCACUGUCGAAUUUAGGGCAAACAUAUUCGCUCUAUAUGUAUAUAUAAAUGUAUAUAUUUUAAUUGA